AUGUUGUUUCUUGAGGAUAUUUUACAAGAGGAGGGAGGAUUUGGUUGUGGAGAGAUUAAUGAACUAUAUGUUGAAGAAGAAUGUCAAGAAUCUGAUGGCGGUGAGGAGGAAUCCAAUGAGGAUGAGGAUUUAUCUGAUGAGGAUGAAGAAGAAUUUGAUGUUAAUAAAGUCAGUGAUGUGAAGGAUAAUUAUAAAAGUGAUGAUGUUGUUGGUAAAGGAAUUUUUUGUAAUGAAGAUGUUGAACAAGGAAUUACAAGUGGAUUCAAUGAAGAUGAGGUCAUGAAUUUGAAUUCGAUUGUUCAAAAUGUUGGUCUAGUUGAUGGUUUUGAAGGUGAUGUUAAUGACAUUCCGAAAGGAACUAUAAAAUUGGUUGAUGAUAAAAAUAAAGAAGGAAUUUCAGAUGAUACUGUUAAUAAAGUUAUUGGAGAAAAGAAGAAAGAAGAUGAAUUAAUUGCUUCAAGUUUAGUUAAAGAUUGUGCUGAAGGUGAAGUUCAAAAUGAUAAAGUAAAGAAUGAUGGACAAGGUAUGGUAGAAGGUGAAGGUGGUGAAGUUGGUACUGAUUUAGAAAAAGGGGUAGAAUAUGAUUCAAAUAAAAAUAAAGACGGAGAGGAUUGGUAUGAUCCAAAUGUUCAUCAAUGCGAAUCGGACUCUUGGAAUGCGAUCCGAUGGGCUGUUGUUUGGUGUUGGGUUACUUGUUGGUUCCGAAAGCUACUUGGAUGCGAAAGCAACAUGGAUGCGAAAGCUACUUGGUUCCAACGGACUAUACAUUUCCAAUGGGAUGUUUAG